AUGGCGUCUUGUGGCCUGUCCUCGGGGCCAGCCUUUGGCUGCCGGGCUUCUACAUUGCAGCAGGAUGGGACUUGGUGCCCGAAGAGACCCUCGCAACGGGGAGAGUGCUCUGUUUGGAUUUAUUUUGCUUAUACUUUUGAUUUCAGAAAUAAAAGGAAGAUAAUGAGAAUUUUUACGCUACCUCCAACUGUAGAGAUACCAUCUGAGCCAAACUUUUAUGACAGUGUGAAAAAAAUUCGUCUCCGACAACAAUUAGAGAUGUACUCUAUUGCCAGAAAGUAUGACCAACAGCAGCAGCCACAGAAGCAGACUGACAGUGUGCAGCUUUUGGUGGAAUGAAAUCUUGCAUCUGGAGUCAAGAAACGGAGCUGGAUGGGUGACAGGGCAGCUGGAACGGGAUCACUUUCCUUGCAGCUUUAAUGGAAUGCAGUCCCUCUAUAAAAAGCAACAUUAUUUUUGAUGGUUGGCCCUGCAUAAAUGAGCGCAGAAUGAAACCUCAAAAAAGAAAGUCUAAUUCAUCUUCCUCCUGUUCUUCUGUUUGUAUUACAAUUUGUAGCCAAAUCAGAAAUGUGCAGGACCCUUAAGAUUUCAUUGCAGGCAUCAGCGCUUGUUUCAAGUGGCAUUUUCUUAAUCAGAGGGUUUGUGGUACCUUGCAAGCAUCAUCAAUGUUAAUAAAUGGUUUGGUGUGGAUGGUGAACAGAACCUUCUAUCGAGAGGUUU